AUGGCCGGUGAGGAAGAUGGAGGAGGUUGUUACAGCGGCGACGGUGGCGUAGUGGCGGUGAAGGGAGGGCGGAGCGCGAGGGCGGAAGCUUCGGCGGCGUUGACGGCGAAGGCCGAAGCCGGUGGCCGUAGUCAAGGAGACGCUGCGGUCGGCCGGAGCGGCGGAGCAGAGGGAGCGGCGGAGCAGAGUAAGCGGCAGGCGGGUGGCGGCGGAGCUGCUGCGACGGCGGAGGCGGACUGCGACGGUGGUAGGAGGGGUUGGGCGGCGCGGUGGAGGCAGAUAGCGAAGAAAGAAGGGGAUGGUGGCUUCGGCCGGUGGAGCGAAAGCGGCGAAGGGUGGGCGGCGCGCGGCGGAACUCGGCGGCGGCACGGGUGGAGCGGCGCUCAAGGGCGGCGGCGCGGCGUGCGGCCGGAGAAGACGAACAGAGGGGGAACGGAUCGGGCUAGUGGGGAGUGGGUUAACGGGUUUUGCUCUUACCCGUUAGGGCUGAUGGUCUUCAACCUCCCGACGGUUCGGGAGGGCGGGUCGUUCCUUGUGGCGGCGGCUGCAGGGACGGGCUGCGGCGGGGCUCUGCGGCGACGGACGGUGGCCGGAGAGGGAUGGCCAGUCACGGUGGCGGCCGAAGGCGGCUUCCGGUGGUGCAGGCGGAAGCGGGGGUGGCGCUGCGGGCGGUCUGCUCGUCGGCGGAAUUCGGCGGCGGGGAGGCGGCGCGACGCAGAGGUGGGGAAGAUCUUCCUAUGGUGGUUUGGGCGUUGCUGGCGGCGACUGAUGGCGGCGGUGGAGGCGAGCACGGGCGUGAUGACUGGUGGCAAGGGGAAAGGGGGAACGAGUAGAUGGGAACCUGGCUGA